AUGCAGUUGGAGGUCCAACAGGUAACUAUCGAGGAGUGGGAUCGAGAGAAAAACCCCGAGAUGUUCUGGAUAGAAGACAUCCGGCGAUUUAAGGAAACGGGCGAGUUGCCAAAUGAUCCAGGAGUCGCCGCAAGGGUUCGACGAAAAGCCCCUUCAUUCCAGAUCAUUAACGGGCAAAUGUACAAGCGAUCAUUCGGAGGCCCCCUCUUGAAGUGCCUACUCAGGCCAGAAGCCGAGAAGAUAAUGGAUGAAGCUCACCGAGGAAUCUGUGUCGCCCACCAGGGAGCCCACACUCUCGCCCGAAAACUAGUCGCCCAGGGGUAUUACUGGCCGACAUGA